AUGCCGUCAAAGAGGAGCCUACCCAAGAGGCGCAACCCUCUGCUCGAGCCAGAGCACACCCCUCCGCUCGAGAUCCUCAUCGAGCGCCGUCGCCUUGGGCAGACCAAGCUCGACGUCAGUCCAUCGCUCGUCAACAAGAUCAAUGCCACCUCGCCCUCGAACCUGGGCAACUUCGACUAUGCCCAUCUGCGCGUGCCGCUGCCCAAGGAUCUGGAGGGUUCCGGCAUUUUUUUCGCGCAAAACAACAUGUCGUAUCCCGAAUCCUAUUUCUUGAUGCGGCGGAGCAGUGACGGCUAUCUCUCGGCUACUGGAAUGUUCAAGGCGGCAUUUCCUUGGGCGUCGAAGGAGGAAGAAGCCAAGGAGAGAGCGCACCAUAAGAAGCUCUCGUCGUCCGGUCCCGACGAGGUCGCCGGUAACGUGUGGAUUUCCCCGGAGGAAGCCCUUGAACUUGCCGACGAAUACCUGAUGCGACCCUGGAUCGAGGCCCUUCUUGACCCGCGGCCCAUCGAAAAGGGCACCAAGGACUCCAACGCGACGAUUGCGACGCCGCCCAAGUUCAAGCUUCCGGAGCGCGAAGAGACAUUCCCCGUUCCACAGUUGUCCGCGUCGACGAUGCGCAAGCGCGAAUUGCGCUCAGCGUCGCCAGGCAAGACGGCCUCCAGCACUCCGGCAGGUAGGAAGAUUGCGUCGCCGCGCAAGCGCAGGACCAAGACGGCGAAGGCCGACGACACCCCAGCGAAGGCGGCGAGCUCGGCACUGAGCAACGCUGUCGAGAAUGGCACUGCACCAGCUUCCUCAUCCGUCGAGGCUACGCCAAGCGUCGCGUCAGAGGGUGCAAAGGACGACACGAUUCGCGUCGAGGUGUCGGAGACACAGGAGCUUGUUAACGGCGUCGAAACAACGCACACGAAUGUGAAGGUCGCCAUGCCAGCCGACAACCCGGAUCUCCAGCUGCCCUCCACGGCCGAGGGUGUCAUUGAAAAGGCGCACGAAAUCACAGAGACGGCGCGGAAGCUUCAGGGUUCCAAGGGCAAGAGCCUGAAGCGGAAAGCCGAACACAUCGAGGAAGAGGCCGAUGCGAAGGCCGAAGAGUCGACCGCCACAGCAGCCGCGGCUGUCCAGCCUGCGAAGAAGCAGAAGCUCCUCGAAGAUCAGCUGAAGAAGGAGCGCGUCAAGGCGAGAACGUUGAUUGGCAUCACUGCGACGUUGGCCAUAGGUGCCAUGGUCCCAUACUUUUUCUGA